AUUAAAACAAAACUACCCUUUAGCGUAAUCGGAUUAUUGGUUUCUUUUAUUCUUCCUUUAAUUUUGAUAUGUCAAAAGAAAGAGAACCAGUGAAGGUGGUGAUCAUCAACACAAAGUACGUCGAAACGGAUGCCACGAGCUUUAAGUCCGUCGUACAAGAGCUGACCGGAAAAGAUUCGGAAGUUACAAGCAAUCCGCUGAGGCGGAGGAGCCGGUUUUACCAUGAAGAGAUAAACAAGAAAGAAGUGCAGGUUGCCAGGGUUGGAAGUGCUUCUUCUAGGUCGGGGGAGUUCAAGGAGUUCGAAAGGCUGCUAAAGGAGAUGCCUCCGGCGGAUGAUUUGUGGUGGAGGAUGGAGUGAAAUAACCCAUAGUUUCUAUGGCUGCUGCAAUGGUGCGUUUUUUACGCUAAUAAAUGCAGGCUUUGCAGACCAUUCUUGACAUGGAUUGAUUUAGUUAUUCCUUGUAUUAUUCAUUCAUUAUUAUUUUUACCUAUAC